AUGGCAGACUGGUCUGAUAUCACGGCCGCAUUGAAAGGCAGCUUCGACAAGUUCAACAAGCUCCUUGAGUCUGAUGCACAAUUGAAGGCUUUCACAACGUCGAAUGCGAUCGACAAAGCCGCUACAUUUGGUAUCAAAUCCAGUGGCUCCGACAACACGUUGCUGAUCAGCGUCACCAAUGGCAGCGCGAAAGCGAGCACUGGCACGCCCAAGGAUGCUCUCUUUACGCUAGCUGCUCUUCCAGAGCAAUGGGAACAACACUUCCAGAAAGUCCCUAAGAUGCCGUAUCAGAGCUACUGGGGCAUGUUCGGCAUGAACAUCAAGCAGAAAGGCAUUGAAGUGCUCGGCGACCAGACAGCAUACGCUCACUGGACCCAUGUCUGGAGACGCGUACUUGAGCUCGCACACGACGCGCAGUGUGGGCCCAUGCCAAUGGACGAGCAGCCGGAGCCCGAAGAAGACUACAUCACGGGCCGCUACCUCUACCUCGAGGCUCCCGUCUGGGGCAGGAGCAAGGUCUUCUACGAAUUUGCGGGCGAAGGGAAACAAGCAAUUGUCUUCCUCCACACCGCCGGCAGCGACAGUAGACAGUAUCACGGUGUCAUGAACGAUGCUCGGAUGCGCAAGAGGUGCACAAUGUACGCUUUCGACCUCCCCGGCCAUGGACGCAGCUUUCCAUCGAAGAACUACCUCCCCGGCGCUCACACAAAUACGGAGGAUAGCUACGUUGGCAUCAUCGCUGCUUUCGUGAGGGAAUUGGGGCUCCGCAGGCCAAUCAUAUGCGGUGCGAGCAUGGCGGGCCAGGUCUGCCUUGCUGUGGCAAUUCGACACAAAGAAGUGGGGGCUUCAGGCACGAUUCCUCUACAAGGAUCUGAGUAUCUGAAUAUGGAACGCCAAUGGCACGACCGCUCACCCUAUGUAAAUCAGUCGCUCUUUAACCCCGAAUGGAUAUAUGGAAUGAUGUCACCUACCGCUCCUCUUGCAAACAAGCAGCUUAUCUGGCACCUUUACAGCGCCCAAGCUUAUGGAAUUUUCCAUGGAGAUUUAGAUUUCUAUUUUGGCGGCUGGGAUGGUCGUUCGCGCGUCGCGUCCAUCGACACACAAGCAUGUCCUGUAUACAUGCUCACAGGCGAAUACGACUGGUCGAACACACCAGAGAUGUCGCAGAAGACGGCUGAUAAGAUCCCGGGUGCUAUGCACAAGGCGAUGCCAGAUUUGGGGCAUUUUCCAGCCACGGAGAACCCUGCCAAGUUUGUACCGCAUCUCAUUGAGGCGAUUGAGCACAUCCAGAAGGUGAGGAGUGAGAGCUUGAGUACAAUGAGGCUGGGCAAUGGCACAGAUUGAGCAGUGCGAUGUAUUAUAGCACUCCCGUUGGUAUGAAGCUGUACAUGACAGUUUGUAAACGAAAUAGCCCUUGCUACAUUAC